AUUGAAUAGUUUGUGACACUCUGAGCGGGCUUUAUCCUCAAAUCAAAAGUUUUUAUUUUAUUUUUUAAAUAAGUCGUAGCCAAUCAGACGUCAAUAACAAUUUCGGCCAAUUACAAUUGGGCCACAGCCCGUUACACUGGCGCGAAAUGUAUGAGAAGAUGGCGAACGUCAAGGCAGCAGGAGCUAACGUUAGCGCUCCACCAAGAAAAAAAAACACUUUAGAAAGUUCUGAUGACGAAACAGACAUUGAGAUGAAGCGACAAUAUGAAAAAGCAAAAAGACAAAAAAAAGUUGCAAAAGAGAGGAUCCUCACUCAGUUGAAGGAUACACUGAGGAAACCACUCCACUCCACUCCAUGCAGAACCAAUCCAUUACAUAGUGAGGAGGAAGUUGAAUCCGAAACGGUGGACACAAACGUGGAUCUGUUCAAUUACCCAGGGAAUUCUCAACCAACCAAACAAAAAAAGGUUGCAAAUGAGAGGGUCCUCACUCAGCUGAAGCAUACACUGAGGAAACCACUCCACUCUGAUCCACGCAGAACCAAUCCGUUACAUAGUGAGGAGGAAGUUCAAGCCGAAACCGUGGACACAAAUGUGGAUUUGUUCGAUUACCCAGAGAAUUUUCAACCAACCGAUACCUUAGAUGCUGCUGAGGCAAGUGGAGAGAGCGUGGAACAGCCAUUAUUUGUCAGUGGUGAAGUGUUGAAAGCUUUGAAAGAAAUUCCCACCUUAGUGCAGUGUGUAAAGGAACUAAUAUCCUCAAUGAACAGAGGGAUCGAUACAGCAAGCACAAGCUCAGGGUCCUCCAGCUCAGCCCAAGAGAUGAUUUCUCUGGGCAACAUGGCUGUCCAAGUCAACAAAACCUGCUUUAGGAGAUUGAAUAGGAGCAGAAUGUCCCUGUUCACUCAAGAGUUAGCUGUUUUGUUGUUUGGGAGGGAGGUUCUGGGUUCAUCUAGCCUCACUGGGAAUAGGUCCCAAAAAGAACGGCUGAACCCAGAAAAAAUGAAUGCACUUAUUGACACUGUUAUAUCCGAGUUUCCGGGCACGUCACAGUCCGAGGUUAGAGCCGUAAUACGGCGAAAGUGCAAUAACGAAAGUUUUGUUUCAAAAAAAAAAACACUGUAAAGGUAAUUUUUUGUUGUUGUUGGGAAAGGAAUGUGAAAGUAAAGAAGAAAUUUGUGUUUUGUUCAUAUAAGAUACGUACAGUAAUCUGUAGUUUAAUCAUUUUAUUAAAGGGUUAGUUCACUCAAAAAUCGAAAAGUUCUUUGUAUUUAGUCACCCGCGUGUUGUUCUAAACCCUUAAGACUUCCAUUAACCAUUGCAU